UAUACUAAAAAACGCCACCUAAUUUCCCCUCCAAUUUCUCGCCCCUCUUGUUCUCUCUCUCUCUCUCCACAUCUUCUCUCUCCUCCGAAGCUCCAGCUUGGAGGUCCCAUGGAGGAGUCUUUCACUCUCCUCCCAUUUUAGGGUUUUUCCAAUUUUCUUACUAACAACGACUUUCCGGGAAAGUUUUUCAGAAAAACCGACCUUUGUAGAUUCUGAAUCAGGUUCGCGAAUUCAUCUGUGAAACGAAAAUGCCGGCUCACAGAUCGAAAUCGGAGAAACAUGAUGUGGCGAAGCAGCUUCGUCGAGACCCCUAUGACGUUCUCGGCGUCUCAAGGAACUCCACAGAUCAGGAAAUCAAAAGCGCUUAUCGAAAAAUGGCUCUCAAGUACCAUCCUGAUAAGAAUGCAAAUGACCCUAAAGCAGCUGAUAUAUUUAAGGAGGUCACUUUUUCUUACAAUAUUUUAUCUGAUCCUGAUAAACGACAUCAGUAUGACACAGCUGGGUUUGAGGCUGUUGAAUCAGAGAGCCAAGAUUUGGAGUUAGAUCUUUCAAGUUUAGGUGCUGUGAACACCAUCUUUGCUGCACUUUUUAGUAAACUUGGUGUGCCAAUCAAAACAACUGUAUCAGCAACUGUCUUGGAGGAGGCACUACAUGGCACAGUAACAAUUCAUCCACUUCCACUAGGACAACGCGCGUUUAGAAAGGUUGAAAAACAAUGCGCUCAUUUUUAUGCUGUUACCAUAACAGAGGAGGAGGCACGAUCUGGAUUUGUGUGCCGUGCCCAAUCACCAGACAAAAGCAAAUUCAAGCUACUGUACUUUGAUCAUGAGGAAAGUGGUGGAUUAAGUCUUGCACUCCAGGAGGAUAGUGCAAAAACGGGGAAGGUUACAUCUGCUGGGAUGUAUUUUCUUGGUUUUCCUGUUUAUCAGUUGGAUCAAACAGCUAACUCUAUGGCAGCUGCCAAGGAUCCGGACAUGGCCUUCUUCAAAAAAUUGGAUGGUUUUCAGCCAUGUGAAAUAACUGAAUUAAAAGCUGGGACCCAUGUGUUUGCUGUUUAUGGUGACAAUUUUUUCAGAAGUGCAAGCUACACCAUAGAGGCUCUUUGUGCUGCUCCGUUUACAGAAGAGAAGGAGAAUCUUAGAGCUGUGGAAGCUCAGAUUUUAUCUAAGAGGGUGGAACUCUCAAAAUUUGAAACUGAAUACAAAGAGGUCUUGCAACAGUUUACAGAGAUGACCAGUCGAUAUGCGCAAGAAAUGCAAGUGAUUGACGAACUCCUUAAGCAAAGGAAUGAAAUUCACGCCUCGUAUACAGUUGAUCUGCCAAUGAAAAGAAGCAGUAGUCGAAGCAAGACUAGAAGUGUGUCCAAGGAGGCCAAAGAAGAUGGUCAUGGGAGAGAUAAGAAGUCUACGACGAGAGAUAAGCCAAGGAGGAAAAAAUGGUACAAUAUCCCUUUAAAGGUGCACAGGCGGAAGCCUUGCUAAAUAGGGUUUUUAGUCUCUUAUGGGAAAAAGCUUAAAUCAGCGACAUUGGGGCAAUGAAUCUUCAUUCAAUACUGUGCUUAUGAGUUCUGGUACUUCAAGAUCCGUGUAAGCAAGAAUUCUGCAAUGAAGGGAUUCAUGGAGCAAACCCUAAUCGUAAACAAAGCUGAAUGUUAGGUCCAGCCCGUAAAAGCAUCAAUACUCAUUUGUUAUUGUAAAAUUCUUUCCUGUGUUUUUCAUGUGCUUUGUGGUUCUCUUGUUCUUAACCUGGUAUUAUUCCCAAGCAUCUUUCCUGUAAAGUUCAUAUUCUGUCCAUGGAGUUCUCUCUCAACUCUUCACUUGGGGGGUGUACACUUGGUUUUUUUGUUUUUGGGUAAGUAACUUUUGGGGCUUAGAUACAUGGAGAAUGUUGCUAUGCUUUGUGGGCUGGACAUAUUUUUUGCUGCCCACCCAAAUGUAAGGGAUUGUUUGGCUAGCUGUGGUGUACAUUAUUUAUCUCGAAUGAAAUUAUUUCAGUUAUUUAUUGUUGUUAAGAGAAUCUCGUUCCGCAGAGAACAUUUGUUUUA